UUUUAUUCAUAUACAUAUCAGAUUCCAACAACAAACUUCAAUCACUCCCAAAUUCUUCAAAAAAGGAAAAAAAAAAAAAAAAGAUCGAUCGCAAGAAAAAAAAAUGGUGUACACAUACAAACCCACGUACUACUCUUCUGUUCAAGAUUCAAUCGCUUCUAUUUGCAAGAACAUCCUCCCUUUCUCCUUCAAGAAACGAAGGUUGCCCGCCAUUGCUGCUGCUGAACAGAGACUAUGGAAGCAACAAUCUGAUAACUUAAAAUGGCAGCAGGAAUCUUUCCAUCAGAUCUUGAAUUUGAUGGGUUUGUUUAACGAAGGUAUUUUGGCUGAGGCUGAGGUUUCUGCUUUUAGGGCUCAUCUUCUUGACACUCUUAUUUCUUCACCUUUUGAUCACGAACAGCCUGUGAUUCUCAGAGAUAAACUGAUCUUCUUACAGGAGUUGUUAUAUGCAAACUGUAUAUCAGAAGAGGAGUAUCAUACAUCAAAAACUCCAUUGGUGCAAAGACUUUCAGCUCAAGGAGCCAAAAUCAACCCAAAAGACAUAGUCAUUGCUGGAUCACAACAAAGAAACCCGAACGACGAAUGGUCUGUAAUUGACUUACAAGACUCUGGCUCCAAAAACAAGUCAAAGCCACAAAAGUCAACAAUCAAACAAGUCAAAGGAACUGCAUCAAUUCUUGGUCUUUCAUCAUCAUCUUCAUCAUCAAACAAAAACGAUAAAGAUAAGAGUGUUAUUUCUGAUAUGAGUAUUCAGAAUCUUGGAGUAUCUCAAGAAAACCCAUUUUGGAAUUGUGAAAUGAAAGAAAAAGAUGAAGAAAAACCGACAAUUUUGAUGUCCGAGAGUGUGGUGAUUGAGGAUUCGUCAUCGAAGAAGGGGAAAAGGAGGGGGUUUAAUGGUUUUAUGAAAUGGAAGAAGAGUGAUGAUUUGGAGAAAGAUACGAUUCCUUUAUCACUAAAUGAUUCGAUUAAUGAAAAAUGUUUAGGAGUUGGAGAGGGACAAGAUACAAAAAUCAAGAGAAAACUACAUACGGAUGGCUCAUCGGGUGAUUUCUUUGUUGAUAAGGUUCUAGGAGAUAAAAUCAAGGAGGAGCUACUAAAAGUCAAAGGAGAGCUUCAAUUAUCUGAUGAUAAAAUUGAUGUGAUUUCGACUAGGCUUCCCAUCGAUAAAGCUGACUUGAAAAAGUUUUUCUCCAAGAAAUGGUGUGAUCAAUAUGGAGAAAUUGUGUUGGAAGUGGUGAGAAAAGAGUUUAAGGAUCAUGUUCAAGAGAUCAAGAACACAUGUUCUGCUAUGAAGAAGGAAGAAGAACAAAAGAGUUCGGAGAUUAAGAACACAUGUUUUGUUAUGAAGAAGGAAGAGCAAAAGAGUUUGGAGACAAAAUGGACAACUUUUGAUGAAGAAGAUGAUGAAAAUUGUCACCCUAAUCUUUUUGCGGAUACGGGUCGAGUUUCAUCGGGUUUUGGAUCCCAGAAAGAUGAUCGAAGUGUUCGAGUUUCUAAAAAUAGAAAUAGUAAUGAUAGGUUGUUCAAGAACAACCCUUUCUUUGAUUACUAGGUCAAGAUCUAAAUUUGGCUUGUGGUAUAUGAUUAUUAUGAAUGUUUCUAUGUUCUUUUUGUUGAUGCUUAUAGGUUUAUGUGAGUUAUGAGGAUUAAUUUUAUUUGUGUAUUGUUGAAUUGAUCUUUUGGAAAUAAACUUGAAAGUUUAUG